CGGAUCGGAGGUCGAUGCUCGACGGGAAGACUGCUGCUGCUGCUGCGCGAGAAGCGAGCGCAGAGUUCGGCGGGCGCCAUGGCUUUACGAGGUCUGUGUCAGGUCUGACAGGUCCACUGUGAGAGCCAGUGAUCGCCUUGUCUCGCCGUGGAAUGAAGCUUCGGUCUCGUUCGUGAGUUUUGUUUCACCAUUCACGCGCGGUCAUGGCUGUCUGCGAGUUGCAACUUGUCUCGUGGACGCUGGUCGCAGUCGAUGGCGAUGACGGCUGGAUGGGAUGCGGAGUCUGGGCUGAUUGAUGAUGUUCACGGUGAUGGGAACAGGCCUGGGAGACUGUUGCUCGUGUGGAGCUGCUGAUGCUGCGUCCAGGGGCUGAAUUCGUGAGGUUGUGUGUUCGGCGGUUCGUGCUUGUUGGGACCGGGGCAACCGACUCCGAGGCUUGAGCACGGAGCAUGAGCUCUUGCUCGUGUGGAGCUGCUUGAUGCCUUUGAUGCAGAAUUCUCUGAACAAUGGAGGUAAUGAGCUCGAGGUCGGUGUGGGGCAAGGUUCAUGCUGGCUCCUUCAGCGGCCGUCAGGCAGUCACCAGAAUUUUCAGCGACUGUACUUGUGCCCGAGCUGAAGCUGGUCGCGAGGCCGACUCACGAGAAUUUCGCUCUGGUGUAAAAGCGGUGGUCAUAGAACGCUCCUCGUCGUCCAGCGUUGAGGCCACCAGACGACUUCCGUAUGUUCGAAACGGGGCUGCUCCAAGACACGCAGGGCGAUGGAUGCCGCAGCCAGAUCAUGACAUUAACCUCGAAGAGAUCCUCAAUUCUCUAAAAGGAACUGGACGCGCUGAAGAACUGGAUGAGGUCAUGAGCAGGUGGACAGGAAAGCUUUCUUUCAGGCUCAUGGUGACGUUGUUAAAUCAGGAAAAGGACUGGCAGAGAUCUCUGGCUCUCCACGACUGGAUGUGCGAGAAAGGAGGAUAUCGACCAUCAAUUUUCUCCUACAACAUCGUCCUCAGAAAUGUUCUGAAGGCCAGAAGGUGGACUCUCGGUGAAGGGCUGGUCGGGGAAAUGGUCCAGAACGGAGUUGAGCCCGAUAAGUUUACGUAUUCCACUUUGAUUAGUGCAUUCGGGAAAGCUGGGAAAUUUGAAUCCGCGCUAAUGUGGUUCCAAAAGAUGGAGGAGAAUGGAAUUGUACCGGAUUUGAUCACCUACAGCACUCUCAUCCAACUAUCCGGAAAGGUGAAGGAUUUUGAAAGGGCUGUCUCUCUCUUCUCGAAAUUGAGGGCUUCAGGAAUUCAACCGGAUCUUGUCGUGUUCAAUUCCAUGAUCAACAUGUUUGGAAAAGCUAAACUGUACAGAGAAGCGGAGAGUCUUCUCCAACAGAUGAAGUCGAUGGGCAUCGAACCGGACACCGUCACUUACAGUGUUUUGAUCAAUGCGUAUGCCGAAUCAGAGAAAUAUGACGAGGCACGGGAAGUGUUUACGGAACUCAGAACCAAAGGCGUCGCUCUGGAUUCCACGACGUGUAACAUGAUCAUAGACGUGUAUGGAAGAUUGGGAUUAGUCAAAGAAGCAGAGGAACUAUUCUGGGGCAUGACGGAGUUGGGUGUAUAUCGCAAUGUUGUCACGUACAACACCAUGAUCAAGGUCUAUGGAGAAGCGGAGAGUCUUGCAGAAGCCUUUCGCUUGUAUCACAGCAUGGAGAAGAAGGGGGUUCUGCCCAACAUCGUGACCUACAACACCGUGAUGAAGCUCUUCGCUAUGGUGAACAACGAGGAGAAGGCCACGAGGUUAUUGAAAAAAAUGGAGAGCAGCGGUGUGGCGCCCAAUGCCAUGACCUAUUCCACGCUCAUUUCAAUAUACGGAAAGACGGGCAAGUUCGACAAGGCUGCGCUUCUCUUCCAAAGCCUUCGUGCGCGCGAAUUUUCCAUGGAUCACAUACUGUAUCAAGCUAUGGUUGUCGUGUACGAGAAGGCAGGGUUCAUGGCUCAUGCGAAGCGGCUGCUUCAAGAACUUCAGCAUCCGGCUUCGGCGUCCCGGGAUACGGCCAUCAAUGUGCUUGCCAAGGCCGGCAAGCUCGAAGAGGCGGGCAAACUGUUUUUGAGCUCGUUCAAAUCCGGCGACGUGAAGGACGUAUCGGUGUUCAAGAAUAUGAUCGACCUUCUCGCCAGCAACAAAAGAUCCGCCCUCGUGGUCGAUGUGUAUCGGAAGAUGCGGCAAAGUGACUUUUUCCCGGACUCUCACAUCUGCUACAAGGUGAUGGAGGCCUUCGGAAAACUCGGGCUCAUGAAGGAAGCGGAGGAGGUGUAUCUGGAGAUGAAAGCCAAUGGCUAUGUGCUGAGCGAAGAAUGCCAUUGGCUCAUGAUGGAGCUCUACGGAAACUUUGGUGACAUCGAGGCUGCUGAACAACUUUUCGAGCAGCUCAAGUCUGAGGGUGAUUUGUCCGAUAAUCUGAUUCACCUCAGCAUGUCCCGUGUAUACGAGCGAGCGAACAGGCUCGACGACGCAUCCAAAGUGUUUCAAGAAAUGAAACUCAGAGAAAACGCGCCACCCUAAAAACUCCUCAAGUAGGUUACAGCAAAAGCUCGAAAUCUCGUCCACUCUGUACAAUGCUGACCUUCACAGUUCUCCACACCUGUUGUUAUUAUGUCAAAUACCGAAGCACAUUGAUAGACUCACUCGCUAUGGAUUUCGAAAUUCGCCCGGAUGGUCAAACCUCCCGCUGCGAAAUUGUACACACUGCCCAGUGUUCACCGAGAAGUGGCACGAUAUUUUCAGUCCUGUCUGUCCAUGUCUGAGUCACAGAACUUGAAUUCUUCAUAGAAGUCGGCCAAAUGUGCUUCAGGUGCACACGAGAUGUCGUCUCACGGUGGAGGAAUGCUUUCUCUGGACGUCUGUAUACUGUCGAGAGGCCACUGUCUCACAGUCAAAAUCUCUCGACAAAUUCCUCCUAUUGUCACAUGACAGUUCAGAGCGAUUACGAGCUUGGGCUAACAUGGAGAAGAUUUGGCGAGAUUUCCCAGCGGUUCCUAGUUAUUUACACUGCGGUCGUGUGAGGACAUACCAGGAUUAUCGCCCUGCCCCAUUAGUAUCCUUGUGUACAAAUAUGUACCAUCGCCAUUGAUAAAGCAAUAUUUUUUACUGGCUUU